AUAAACUAUAAAUCUGAAUGAUAUUUCCCCUAUCCGCUCUCAGCUACUCUCCCACCCUAAACUCCCUCACUCUCUCCCUCAGACUUUUCUACACCUUAAAGGGCUAAGACAAUAAGGGAAACAUGGCGGACGCGCCCAAACCAAAAGAAAAGUCCAAGAUCUCCUCAGCCCGACGAUUGGGGUUGAAGAUCAGAUUGCUGACAGUAGCUGGCCAGAUGCUAGAGGUUGAGACGGAGGAGAAGAAGAGAGAAAGAGAAGAAGCUCUGGCUGAGAGAGUCCCUCCUCUCAAGCUUUCUGGCUUGUCUGUGGAUGAGCUCAUGGAUUUGUGCAAAGAUCUGCACCGUAAGAUCGACGUGGUAGAUGAGGAGCGAUACGACGUGGGACUGAAAGUAACCAAAACUGACAAGGAGUGCCAUGAGUUGGGUCUGAAGAUCAUUGAGCUGCAGAGCAAGUUCAAGAAGCCAAGCCUGAAGAAGGUGAAGAUCUCAGCUGAGAUGAUGCUCAGUGUUCUGCUGGGCUCCAAGCACAAAGAGACAAUCGACUUCAAGUCCAACCUCAAGACAGUCAAGAAAGCAGAGGAGAAGAAAGAGGAGGUCACCGACUGGCGUCAAAAUGUGGAUGCCAUGUCAGGCAUGGAGGGCAGAAAGAAGAUGUUUGAUGCUUGAUAAGGUACACAAAACAUUGCAUGCACUGAGAAGAUCAAUUCCUGUAGUCAACACAUUGCUACAACACAGAACUACAAUUACAUCUGUUUACUUUGGUAUAUGAAAUGUUUUGCAGAUUAGUGAUAAUUAUCAAGGAAGGCUUUUCUGAUUGGAAAUAAAAGAUGCAGAAAAGGAAAGGACAACUGAAGGUACCAAUUAGAACUGUAAGAGAUAACUGAGUGAACACAUGGAGAAGAAAGAAAGGUUAUUGACUAUAUUUGUUCUUUUUUUGUACAUGAAAUCAAAAUUUUAAUUUAAAUAACUAUAUGAGACUGUUGAAGCAAAUAUAAAUAGUUAAAAUACGUUUUUAUUAAGUAUUAAUACAAUAUAUAUUGUAUCUGAGCAAAUGCAUGUCUUUAUUUGCAACACCUGAAUGUAGAAGUUACAAGACAAUAAAAAAAAUGGUUUGAGUA